AUGUUGUCGCAACGCAUAUACUCGUCCGCUCGCACAGUCUGGUGCUCAUCUUCACAAAGGUCAAUUGUUGCAGCGGGUUGCCAAUGCGCCUCUUUUCAUCAGUCUGCACACUUGUGCGAAGAGAGCUCUGCUAAGCCCACACCUCCUCGUGCCACCACCAAAAAUUCACAACCCUCUCAAACUCGUCGAUCACGAAAUAACGCAGCUGCGUCGCAAGUAGCAAAUCUUGGUCGCCGUGAUACAGGCAGCCCUUCCAAUGGCCCAAAUACCACCCGCCCUCUCAUUAAAAGAACCAGCAAUACAGCUCCACCGCCCGGCAAAUUGGUUAAGGCUCCAGCGAACCUCCGAUUGACGCGCAACGCCCCCAAGACUGGUGUUCAGGGACCGAAUCUGAACGGAAGGAACAAAGCUGCGGCUGGCCAAAGGCCACUACGACCUGGGAACCGAAAGCCAGCCGGAGGACCAGCUAGAAGGGAUCCAAAAUUAAGACAGAGCGCUAGUGAGGAGGAGGAUGCCGAAAAUCAGGCCGAUAAAGACUUAUUGCCAGAAGGAAUGGUCCAGCAUUUGCUCAGGUUGCAAAGGAAAGAAUGGGAUCGUACUCCAUACCAGCCAAAAUAUACGAAGGACAGCAAGGCAGCAUUGGAUCUAAUUGAGAAUGGAAAGAAGCUUUUCCAGGGCGAGUCACCACUCAAGAAGGAGCCCAGCAAGAUUGACAAAAGGCUCGGUAUUGUGGGGAUGCACGGAGCAUAAAUAAACUCAUCAGUCCUUCUAGAAAUAGUCUGUAUAUAAACUUCUGUAUCAAAUAUAAGUGUAGUAUGCAAUAUAGUCUGAGAUGCUACGAGUGCAAUCAUGCAUGGCG